CGAAAGAUGCUCUUAGUCUUGCCCAGAUGCAGGAGCAGACCCUGCAGCUGGAACAGCAGACAAAACUGAAGGAGUAUGAAGCUGCCAUAGAACAACUGAAGAAUGAGCAGAUACGGGUACAGGCAGAAGAGAGACGAAAAACACUCAGUGAAGAAACAAAACAGCAUCAAGCAAGAGCCCAAUACCAGGACAAAUUGGCAAGGCAGCGCUAUGAUGAACAGAUGCGACAGCAGCAACUUGCUAAUGAAGAGAAUCUGAGGAAGCAGGAAGAAUCUGUACAGAAGCAGGAAGCCAUGAGGCGUGCUACCGUAGAGCGAGAGAUGGAGCUGCGGCAUAAGAAUGAAAUGCUGCGUGUUGAGGCAGAGGCCAGAGCCCGUGCCAAGGCCGAGCGGGAGAACGCAGACAUCAUUCGGGAGCAGAUCCGCCUAAAAGCUGCUGAACAUCGCCAAACGGUGUUGGAGUCCCUCAAGACAGCUGGGAUGCUCUUUGGAGAAGGAUUCCGUGCUUUUGUAACAGACUGGGAUAAAGUUACAGCCACGGUGGCCGGCCUAACCCUGCUGGCAGUGGGUGUUUACUCUGCCAAGAACGCCACGGCAGUAGCGGGGCGAUACAUAGAAGCACGUUUGGGCAAACCUUCCCUGGUGAGAGAAACCUCACGCAUUACGGUGCUGGAGGCACUGAAGCAUCCCAUCAAGGUUGGUAAGCGUCUUGCCAGCAAGGCUCACGAUGCCCUUGAAGGAGUUGUUCUCAGCCCACAGUUAGAAGCACGUGUGAGAGACAUUGCCAUAGCAACAAGAAAUACAAAAAAGAACAAAAGCCUUUACAGGAAUAUUCUUAUGUAUGGUCCCCCUGGCACUGGAAAGACGCUCUUUGCCAAGAAAUUAGCUGUGCACUCAGGCAUGGAUUAUGCCAUCAUGACCGGUGGCGAUGUUGCCCCCAUGGGGCGAGAAGGAGUUACUGCCAUGCAUAAACUCUUCGACUGGGCAAACACCAGUAGGAGGGGCCUCUUGCUAUUUGUGGAUGAAGCGGACGCGUUUCUGCGGAAGAGGGCAACAGAGAAAAUCAGUGAAGAUCUCAGAGCAACUUUAAAUGCAUUCCUGCACAGAACAGGGCAGCACAGCAACAAGUUUAUGCUUGUUUUAGCAAGCAACCAGCCUGAGCAAUUUGAUUGGGCUAUCAAUGACCGAAUAGAUGAAAUGGUGAACUUUGAUCUGCCCCAGCUAGAAGAACGGGAGCGGCUUGUGAGAAUGUAUUUUGAUAGGCAUGUCUUGAAACCAGCCACAGAGGGUAAACAACGUUUGAAGCUGGCCCAGUUUGACUACGGAAAGAAGUGCUCAGAGAUUGCCAGGUUGACAGAGGGCAUGUCUGGCCGAGAGAUCUCUCAGCUUGCUGUGGCAUGGCAGGGUCUGUCCUGCUACCUCAAGCUGACUGAAGCCUUGUUGCUUGCAAUUCUAAUCCUAAUGUCUAUGUGAUGAAACCUAACCAAAUCACCCAUGGAGCACAGGUAGUACUACAGAAGGCAGUGAGGAAUCUGCACUGCUACUCCUGCUUCCAUUCCUGAGUCUGCCGGAGUGCUGGAGAAAAUGGACGGGGAGCACAGGAAGGUAUUUAUCGUGGACUUGAUGGAGUUUUGAGGUGCUGGGAUCCCCAUCAGCUCUACUUAGCUUGCCUGGGGUCAUCUCUCAUGGCCAGACUGAACCUGAGAGAUGGUUUGGGGAAGAGUGAAGUUCUGAAGCAGCAGGAGGAGAAACAAUUGGAUCCGUUGGCUCUUCCAGAGAGUAACCUAGAACGGCAGCUUGUGGCCACUCUGCUACCCCGUGGCCUCACAGUCAUUUCCCGUGAAGAUGUUUUUGGAGUGCUCUGCCAAUAUUGCUUUUAACAAAAACAUCUCAGUUAAACAACAAGCCCGAGCAAUAGCUGAAUCUUUCACUAUAAACUGGACUUGAAACUGGUUGACUGUCAUUUACGUGAGGUUCUAGUUCACCAUUGUUUCAAUCUGGCUCAGUUUGUCCUGAAUUUACCAAACAGAAAAAAAUAAGAUGCAGAAAAGCAGAGGGUGUAACCUCUAGCGCUGGAAAAAAUAUUGCUGUCUGGCACAGCUAAUAGUCUGCAUGCUAGAAAUCCAUUUUAAUCUCUUCUACAGAAGACUGAGCAUUCCCUUUUGUCCUUGUGCUUUUCCAUUCCCCAUAUCUAAUCCUUUAUGACUAUAGCAUGGAUUAGAUGCAUUUGUACACUUAAAAAUUCCCUUCAGAUCUGUUUAUAGUAAUGUGCAGACUUUCUAGUUCUGCACCCUGUACUUAAACCUAUUGGUAUGCUUUAGAUAAAAUGUCAAAAUAGCAACCUUUCACUAUUCCAAGCCAUAAUCCCUGGAAAAUUGUUUGGCAACACUUCAAGAGAAUUCCUAGGAGCUUUAUGUCCCGGUGUUAAGGAUAAAGGUGAGCUUCCUGUCAUUUCCUUUGCUUUUGUGCCACUGAUAUAAUUGCCUUUUUGCUCCCUGAACCUUGUUUAUAUUUUUUAAAAAAUAAAAAAUCAUCUGCCUGACCAAGUUAUGGGAAGAAUUUAAUGUUUCUAUAGUGGUCUGAGCUGAAGGACAUUGUAAGUAAGCAGGGAGGCACGGAUCAUGAUGGCUGUGUUUUGGGGGUUUUUUAGGUAGGCUGGUUUUGUUAUAAAUGUAAUUCAAAGGAUACAGAUUCGUUUGGCCGCAUUAAAAUAAGCCAUGUUUCUUGGCUGAAAUGAAACAUUAGGUCAUCUAGGCUGGACUUGACACCUGUGCUCCAUCCUUCUACUUCUUCCCCAAAUACUUUGUUUUCAGAUUAUAUCAUAAUUGGAUUUCAGUUAUAACAAAUGAAUAGUGGCACUGGAGAAAAUGGGUUAAAAUUUGUCCAUGCAGAAGGCAGAGGUAUGAAUACAAAUGAAGCUCAGUACCAUUUUUGUGUGUGUGCAAGCUACUCCCAGAAGGGACAGCUGCUUCUCCCAUUUGCUUUCUUGACAGCUAGGGCCUGAGGCUUUCUAUAAAUAGAAAGUCAUUGAGAAAAUCAACAGAGCGUGAACUGCACAGCUUUGCAGGAGUUUCCACAGUUGAAUUUAUGGUCUAUGCAGUGGCAGGGAGGAAGGGAAGACAUCCUCUCUGUUCUGUGGAGGCACAUACCGCACAUCCCAGGAAAGCACUUAUUCCAUUUUAAAACACCAAAUCCUCCUGGCUGGAGGGCUGCAUUGACAAAAGGGUGCUGGCUCCUUUUUAUUUUUUAUUUUUGUUAAUUG